GGGGACGGGCGUGGUCCCGGCACCGGCCUCUCCCGGGAAGUGAGCCCUCCUCGGCAGCCCGACACAGCCUGGAGCGGCGAGGCCGGCUAGCGGGCAGGGAGGCGCCGCCCACUCCCUCGGCCUGCUUCGGAGCGUGGUGGUGUUAAGCCCGCAGUCGCCGCGCCCUGGGGCUCGGGCCUCCGCGACCAGCAGGCGCCCGGCUCUGGUGGGCGCGGGAGAAGCGGCCCGGCGGAGCUGUGGAGGGCGCCGAGGAGCCCUGAGCGCCUGGUGGGCCCAGGCCGCGGCGCCCAUCCUGUCCCCGGGCGCAGUCCCUGCCUCUCCGGGCCGCUCAGGCGACCGCCGAACCCGGGGAGCAGCCCUGGGCGCAUUUGCUGCGGCGGCGGAGGAAGAGAACCGGGAAGGUGUUUCUGUGUUGGUGGACCCCGGACAGGCUCAGGGCGAGCGCAUUCCCCAGGUGUUGGGGAAGGGCCCGGGAACCGAAUUGUGGAAAGUUCACAGCAAAUCUGAGUGUUUUAACUAAAGCAUGGAAUACAGAAAACAAAAAAUGUCAGCUAAUGUUUUAAUCUCAUUUGAAAUUCUACAGGACCAUCCACUCUGCUGAGUCGGAUGUGUGUAUUGUAAGCAGAAUAUAGAGUGGGAUUUUAACCCAACCUGAGUGUUUCCAUCUUUAAGUAGAAAUUUCUGUUCACACAUUAUUUUGACCACUUCUUAACUGCUGGAUGUUCAGUUGGUGAAAUUGAAGGUCUUUCAGAAGAAAUAAACCAAAAGGAAGAAGAACCUGAGGCUCGUGCACUCUGAACUGCCGUGGAUGGCCCUGGCUCUCUUGGCUGCCCUUUGGAGUAGGAUGUCACUGAGAUCCCUCAAAUGGAGCCUCCUGCUGCUGUCCCUCCUGAGCUUCCUCGUGAUGUGGUACCUCAGUCUACCCCACUACAACGUGAUAGAACGUGUGAACUGGAUGUACUUCUAUGAGUACGAGCCAAUUUACAGACAAGACUUUCGCUUCACGCUUCGAGAGCAUUCAAACUGCUCUCAUCAGAACCCGUUCCUCGUCAUUCUGGUAACGUCACACCCCUCGGAUGUGAAAGCCAGGCAGGCCAUUAGAGUUACUUGGGGUGAGAAAAAGUCUUGGUGGGGAUAUGAGGUUCUUACGUUUUUUUUAUUAGGCCAGCAAGCUAAAAGGGAAGACAAAAUGUUAGCGCUGUCCUUAGAGGAUGAACACCUCCUUUAUGGCGACAUAAUACGUCAGGAUUUUUUAGACACGUAUAACAACCUGACCUUGAAAACGAUUAUGGCAUUCAGGUGGGUAACUGAGUUUUGCCCCAAUGCCAAGUAUAUCAUGAAGACAGACACUGAUGUUUUCAUCAAUACCGGCAAUCUAGUGAAGUACCUUUUGAAUUUAAACUAUUCAGAGAAGUUUUUCACGGGUUAUCCUCUAAUCGAUAAUUAUUCAUAUAGAGGAUUUUACCAAAAAACCCAUAUUUCAUACCAGGAAUAUCCUUUCAAGGUGUUUCCUCCCUACUGCAGCGGGCUGGGUUAUAUAAUGUCCAGAGAUUUAGUGCCAAGGAUCUACGAAAUGAUGGGUCAUGUGAAACCCAUCAAGUUUGAAGAUGUGUAUGUUGGGAUCUGCUUGAAUUUAUUGAAAGUGGACAUUCAUAUUCCAGAAGACACAAAUCUUUUCUUUUUAUAUAGAAUCCAUUUGGAUGUCUGUCAACUUAGACGUGUGAUUGCAGCCCAUGGCUUUUCUUCCAAGGAAAUUAUCACGUUUUGGCAAGUCAUGCUAAGGAACACCACAUGCCAUUAUUAAUUUCACAUUCUACCUAAAGCCUAGAGAAGGGCGGGAAACUUUGUGAAAAGUGUUAAUGGAAAAUUCAUAGAAAGGUGAGAGUGCUGGCUUACACUGACCUGAAACUCAUGAAGAACCCAUAAACUAGAGAUGGAGGGUUAUACUUAUUUGUGAUUUAAUUUGGCAAAAAUCAGGUCAGGCCCUUUUAAGGUAAUAUUUGGAGAAAGUAAACAAAUUGGAGGCUUUUACUAAUAAAAAAUAAAUAGGCCCAAGAUUUUUGGACGUGUCAUUCUUUCUAUAGACUAGAACUUCUGAAACAGGGUCCACUGAAUUAUAAGCUCAUUAAUUCAACAGUUGAGCAAUAAGAAGUUCUGUUUAUUGGACAGUCUAGUCAGUUAAGGGUUUUGUGUAUAUCUCACAUGGAUUACUGGUUUUUAAAAAAUAUAGUUCUGUGUAAUAAACUUAACUAGAGAUAUUGCUGAACAAAUUUUCAUCUGUUUUUGGUCAUUCAGAAGCUACUUUGAGAUGUUUCAGUAUUUCCAGUUAUUAUUAUUUAAUUUUACUUAAAACUUUCUGAGUAUUUGGAUGUUAUGGUUGUUUCAAUACUGUAUAAACAGAGUAGUGUGACUCAUCCUUUAAAUUUAAACUUUUUUCCAGGUACUUCCCUGAAUGGUUUAUUAUUAGCAGCCCCAUCAGUGUAAGCUUUUUGGUCAUUAUUGUAUAUCAGUAAUGUCUUGGACUUGGAUUAAUAUUUUACUGUGGUACUAUAGAGAAGAAUUCAAGCAAGAAGAUUCAAAUUAUUGUCUUGUUUUUAAAAAUAUAAUUCCCAGUGUUUCUAGAUGUCGCUUCAUCUGUGUCAUUUUUCCACCUGGAAAUUAGGAAUAAUAUAGAACGCCAAGCAGUUUUACCUUUUGGAAAGGACUCUGAAGGCAAAAAAGAAAGGAGAGAACCUAUUGAUCAGAAAUAUUUUAGAAAGAGUGUGAUAGUCCAGUAUUGGGAGCUAGAAAGAGAAGACUGAAGAUUUGAGUCACAUUAUUCAUCUGUGCCGUGUGUUUUCUCCUGAACGAUAAGUUUGUGAAUAAAAGAUGAAAAAAA